AUGAGUACUAACUCUGAAAACACAACUUCACCUGUCCUGACUACGGGAGAAAAAGAAGGAGGAAGUGUAGAAAUGGACAAUUCCUCCAUGUUGUCAAUGCUAAAGGACAUGCAGAAUAGCAUCGUCUCACUAACAUCCUCAGUGUCGUCCCUACAGCAAAGAGGGAAAAAGCGCAAAGCAGAAACUGAAAGUAAUCAGCCUGGACCGUCUAAGGCAAAAGAUUUAAGUGACAUUUCUUCUGACGAAGAAGACGUUGCCAAAGAUGGAUUUUCAGAUCUAAUUGAUGACCAAGAUGUGGAGGAAGAGUUUGAUAACGACUCCAUGUUAGACGAGUUGGCUGAAUGUUUCGGGUCAGAAGAAAAAUGUGGAGAGCCUAUACAUGAAAAACUGGCUAAAGUCACUAAUGAGGGAGUUAGAGCAACUUUGAAUGGGGAAAAAAUAAAAGAAGUAAGUAAAAAAUACAACAGGCCAAAGAAUGUGCAGAACUUAGUUACACCAAAAAUUAACGAAGAAAUUCGUGUGCACCUAGGCCGCAAAAUCCGCAAUCAAGACAUGCGGUUUCAAAGAACACAAGCACUCGUUGCGAAAGCCAUGGUGCCACAGCUCCAACAGAUAAAUAUGCUGUUGAAUUCAAAACAAAAGGGAAACACUCCUUCAGUUAAAGACUUGACAGUCUUGGCGAUGGACGGCCUGAAAUUAAUGACAUACGUCUACUGUGAUUUAUCCAAUAGGAGACGCGAACUGAUUAUUCAGCCUGAAAAGAACGAGGAGUUCCGGGUACUUUGCUCCAGAGAACAUCAGGUAACGGAUAAACUGUUUGGGGAUGAAUUGGGGAAAAAGGUGGAGGAAAUUGCCAAAGCGAACAAGGUCGGAUCUAAGAUAUCAGGCCACAACAAACAGGAAAAACGGAAUUUUCAAAGCCGGAAACCAUAUCAACAAGGGCAAAAAUCUUUUUCCUACAGUCCAAACUACAGAACCCAGUCUUUUUUAGGACAACGAACGACUCAGAAUUACAAGAAAAAAACGUUCAACAAACAGUCCAAGAAGUAAUCCAGGACCAAUCUGUGUCAAAAAAUCGUACUGGGACGUGCUCUGCAAAAGAUUACGAGAGACGGGACAGAGGCAGUAAUCAUCGCCCCAAUCUGGCCAACCCAACCUUGGUUCCCACUGCUUCUACAGAUGGUGUGCGAGAACAGUUACAUUCUCCCAAAUUAUCAGAAUCUACUGACGCUGCCGAACGACCCUCAGAAACGCCACCCAUUGAGGAAAAUGCGGUUGGGGGCCUUCCGUGUGUCGGGAAAUUUUUCGAAGAUAAAGGCAUAUCAAAAGACACUCAAACAAUAUUACUCUCAUCUUGGCGAGAAUCGACAAAGAAACAAUAUCGGCCAUAUAUCGAAAAGUGGGUGUUAUUUUGUCAUAAAAGAAAAAUUAAUAUUUUUGAAACAAAUGUAAACAAUGUCUUAACAUACUUGACCGAUUUAUACAAUGCUGGUUUAGGAUACAGUGGUCUAAAUACUGCCCGUAGUGCGUUGUCAUCUUUUUUGCAAUUCGAUAGCGAACAAAACAUUGGCACUCACCCCCUUGUACGUAGAUUUAUGAAAGGUGUAUUUGUACUUAGACCAACUUUACCUAGAUAUAAUGUAACUUGGGAUGUAAAUAUUGUUUUAAAGUACUUGAAAUCAAUGUCAACAUUAUCAUCUUUAUCAUUAUUGCAAUUGUCGCAUAAAUUACUUAUGUUAUUAGCAUUAUUGUCGGGUCAGCGUGGUCAAACGCUGCAUUUAAUUGACAUUAGGAACAUUUAUGUAAGCGAAGCUUGUGUUAAAAUAACAAUAGGAGAUUUACUUAAAUCAUCAAAUUCCAGAAAACAUUUGGGAGAAUUAAAUUUGUCAAGUUAUGAAAUAGACUGUGAUUUGUGUGUGGUGAAAACAAUGGAUCAUUAUCUUCAGCGGACAAAACCUUUGCGGGCCUCAGUUUCACGUUUAUUCAUUACAUCACAAAGGCCAUUCAAGCCAGUGUCCAGGGAUACUAUCGGACGUUGGUUGAAAACUGUUAUGCAGAAAUCUGGCAUCGACAUUAAUCUGUUUAAACCGCACAGCACGAGAUCAGCCUCUACCAGCGCUGCGUGUGCGCUAAGAAUUCCUGUGGACACGAUAAUAAGAACAGUAGGCUGGACAAGUGACUCUGUUUUCCGCAAAUAUUAUAACAAGCCUGUUAGCUUGAAUGUAGAUA